AUGGUAGACCUGGGCAAGUCGGCCCGCCCGCGCGCCGUGAGCAGCGCACAAUCCACCACCCCCUCGAUCGUCGCGCACCGCUCGCACAAGAGCCUCGUCAGCUCCCAGCCCGAGCGGACCAAUAUUUACGAAGACUCGGACGAUGAAGGCGGCUCGGACGAAGACGACGACGACGACGAUGACGACGACGACGACGACGAUGAUGCCAAGCCGCCGCAGCCGCCGCCGACGUCCCACCAGGCACUGCCCAGAAGCCACACGCCCGGCCAUCUCGCCAGCAAGAGCGUCAACGACCGAAGCGCGGUCGCCGCCGCCACCAAGCAGGCCGCCGAGCUGGCCAUCCGCCAGCGCUCGCAGUCUACAUCUCAGUUGCCCCCGCGGCCCGCGACGGCCGGCCCCAGCAGUAGCAGCAGUAGCAAGAGCUACCCCAAGCAGCAGCAGCAACCGCCGCCGCCGCCACUGACAGCCGACGGCCACGAUCGGGACGAGAAAAAACGGGGCUACGCGCGUACAACGGCGGUGUUGACCUCCAAACCCAAUACGGCGUCGUCGCAGAGCACGUCGGCGGCGGCGCUCUCGCAGGUGGUGCCGCCGCCCCAGCCCCAGCCCCAGCCGCCCCCGGGCGAGCACGUGGCAUUCCCGCCGCUGCAGGACCCCAAGGACGCGCUCGAAAUGGCGCCGGCGCCGGCUUCGGGCAUGUACUGGUCGCGGGCGCCCGUAUCGGGAGCGGCGCACUCUCACCUGCGCGCGCACACGACGACGCUCGUCGGCUCCAACGUCUACGUCUUUGGCGGCUGCGACGCGCGGACGUGCUUCAACACCAUGUACGUGCUCGACGCCGACGCCUUUUACUGGUCGGUACCGUACGUCGUCGGCGACAUCCCCGCGCCGCUGCGCGCCAUGACGUGCACCGCCGUCGGCCGCAAGCUCGUCGUCUUUGGCGGCGGCGACGGCCCGGCCUACUACAACGACGUCUACGUGCUCGACACGCUCAACUUUCGCUGGAGCAAGCCCAAGGUGGCAGGCGACCGCGUACCGUCCAAGCGGCGCGCGCACACGGCCUGCCUGUACAAGAAUGGCAUCUACGUGUUUGGUGGCGGCGACGGUGUGCGCGCGCUCAAUGACAUUUGGCGGCUCGACGUCAGCGACAUGACCAAGAUGACGUGGCGGCUCAUCUCGGGCCCUGAAAUGCCGAGCGGUAGUGGCGCCGGCGCCGCCAAGGACCAGCCGCCGCGACGACCCAAGGCGCGCGGCUACCACACGGCCAACAUGGUCGGCAGCAAGCUCAUCAUCUACGGGGGCUCCGACGGCGGCGAGUGCUUCGACGACGUGUGGGUGUACGACGUCGAGACGCACGUGUGGAAAGCGGUGUCCAUCCCCGUCACGUUUCGGCGGCUCUCGCACACGGCCACCAUUGUCGGCUCCUACCUGUUCGUCAUUGGCGGCCACGACGGCAGCGAGUACUGCCAGGACGUGCUGCUGCUCAACCUCGUCACCAUGGCGUGGGACAAGCGCCGCGUCUACGGCCAGAGCCCGACCGGCCGCGGCUACCACGGCACCGUGCUGCAUGACAGCCGGCUGCUGGUGGUCGGCGGCUUUGACGGGAGCGACGUGUUUGGCGAUGUUCAUAUUUUGGAGCUGGCGGUGCACGCGUACUAUUCGCAGAUAAGCCAUUUCACAAUUGAGGUGUAA